UCGCCGCGGCCUCAACACACGCAGGCUGUUUUUUGCCGCGGCUGCCGUGCUUAGCGUGCUUGCUCCAUGCGGCGGCAGUGCCACGCCAGCUAAUGUGUGUGUGUUGUUCUCUCUUUCCGAUCGUGUGUGACUGUGCGGCACCCUGGCGACGGUGGACUCCAUACCGUGGCGGCACCACCAUGCAGUGGGUAGCAGCGAGGGAGGAGGACUAGACAGGAUGAACGGAUCACUGUAUGAGGACUCGGCCAGUACACGAGGCUUGGAGCCCACGGGCCAGACACCGCUCCACAUCCCGGCCAAGCGUGUGGCCACCACCCUGGCAGUAUCCACCUACCCGCACCCGCCCGAGUGCCCCACGGGGCCAGACUCGGGCGCCGCGGCUGGGGUCAUCAGGCACUCUCACUCUACACAACCCUGGAACUACCAGCCUGAUCACGCCGCCGCCACAGCCCCGUUCGACUCCCAAUAUGGCCAGGCUUUCUGUCGGGACGGGGUCACGCCCACCUACUACAAUAUUGCGGAUUCCAGAAUGGCUGACCGCAAGACUCUGGCCUUCUGGCCGAACAAAUACGACUACGCCCCGGGACCCUCGUCGAUGGCCACGGAGUCGUGUCAGGCUUUCGCCGCCCAGACGUGGUGCAACUACCCUCCCUACGGGCGUGUGGGCCACGUCGACGCCCACGGCCAGCCCGUGCCAUACCUGACGGCGGCCGACGGGGCUCCUAAAUCUGCCAUGGAGGCUGCUGCCGGAUACCCCCACGACGGCUACCUGCGGAACUACCCUACAGCGGAGAGCAUGCCUCCGGCACCCUACCCACCAGCGCACCGGCCGCCCUUCCCAGUCUCCCACGCAGAGGAAUUUAGGAGUAAUUGCUUUGAUCUUGCAACACUAAUGUUGCUUGAACAAGUGACCUUUUCAAUACCUCGGCGAUGA